CCGGCAGCGACUCGCAGUCGCUUGCCACAUUGCCUCGCGGAAAACUGCAUACAGAUAACACUCUAUUCAUUCACGCGAAUGGCAACGCACGUGCACUGAUGCACGUGACCGCGAUCGUUACGCUGAACUUAUUUGAAAAACGCUCUUUUUAUUUCGGUUUUUCGUCACAGACAUUGGACAGUUGAACGAUUCUAUUCAAAGUGUGACUUUGCUAACAUGUUUUGUGGCACAAAAUUCAUGUUUGACGAAUAAAUUGGGCGGUGCCACGUCUACGUCAUGCUACAGGAGUUGCCGUCCUAUUCGGACGAACUUUGAGCCAUGGCGUGGCUAGUCAAACCUCGGUGCACUUCGCUGAACGGCUGUUUCCAGGGUAUAGCAGAACUUCAACAUGCCACCUAAGCCGCGGACAGGCGUGCUAGGCGCGCUCCAGAGGGUCGUGCGACCGGUUCUGUGACUAACGAGGAUCCUCGCCCAAGGCACGGGUGGCGGAUUAGGCGUGGGGCGCGGCGCGUGGCGGCGGCGCGGGCGCGGCGGGCGGCAUGAUGACGCGGCGUCCGCCACCAUGACGCUGCCGCCGCCCGCGCGCCCCGCCCAUCCCUCCGCGCAUCGCGCCAUGCGCUAUUACCGCAUCUGGAUAUAUGCGUGCAACGGCGCGCUGCUCCUGGGUUCGUUGGCCUUCUGCGCGGCUGCUGGCCGCGCUCUCGCAGACUACCGCCGCGCUCUGGUCCCUGGUCUUAACGCCGCACAACCAGGUUUCCUGUAUGGCUACGCGGCGUUACCUGUGCAAACAGGUCUGCUGCAGAUGCUCGGAUGUGUCGCGGCGCUUCGACUCUCUGAGCGAUUACUUAACGCAUACUGGUUUGCUCUUCUUGCGCUGCUUGUUGGGGACGCCGCCAUCGGUGUUUACUGGGCUUUCCGAUUUGAGCGAGUCUGUCGAGAACUGCGUCCCCAACUAAAGUUACGUCUGCUUAGAGAUUACGAAACUGAUGCGGAAUUCACGGAAGCCUGGGAUCGCCUCCAAAGAGAACAGCGCUGUUGCGGUGUGACCGGACCGGCCGAUUUCGCGCACCUGAACCGUACAUCUCUACCCGCGAGCUGUUGCCGCAUGCCGGCGCACACGCCCGCCACGACGUCUGCACUGUUUGCUGCCACGUCCAGUACGUCGCUCGCCACCUUCACGCCCGCCCACUGCGUCCCGCACACUGCGGCGUGCGCGGACCGAUUACAGAACUGGACUCGACGAACUGCUGACGCGUUGUUUGUGCUAGGUUACUGUGUGAUCGCGUUUUUGAAGUUAUGUUUUCUCGGAAUUUUACGAUAUGAGAUAAAAGAGAUGAUCCAAAAAAUUAGACUUAUUCGAAGCGAGCUCGGAGCCGGUGAACUUUUAGAUGGUAGCCCGAUCCAUGGCGGGCCAUUGUCACAGACGGUGAUAGUAAACGCUGUGAACGCAAAUGGCGGCGUGCGGGCGCAUGGUGGCAGUCCCGAGCGAGCAGGUGAGCGAGACGCGCUGCUUGGACGCCUAACAGACACGUGCUCGCGGCGCGGCACUCACGAAGAUCCUUUGGCGUCGAAAACUAUAAACGGGAACAACAAUUGUGAGAUGCGCGAGUUGGCACGAGGAGAGUACAGACCGUUGGCGGCGGACAGUGCGGCGACUCGGAUCUGACUAAGAUGUUACCUGGAGCGGCUGUUCGGGCGGCGCUGGCGCUCGUUUCCGGCGAGCGGGUGCGAGGCGGAGCUGCUGGCGGCGCACGCGGCGGCGGGCUCGCGCGAGCGCCGCGCCGGCGCUCGCGUUCGUCUCGACACGCGCCGCCACACCCGCUCCGAGUUCGAGCUGUGACUGCUCUAAUGCGCUUGCCGACGCGCCCGAAUCCACUUCUAAUCGCUCUGUUGUCCUUUUUAUGUCGAGUGCCGAAUUUUUCAGUAACUUCUGCAAGUUUAUAGUUGUAGAUAAAAUCCAGACUAAAUUAUGACACUCCGCCAGUGAAGUGUUUUCGGAAGAAGGGCGUUGUGAACAAACAAAAAGGACAAGUGAGGAACGACAGUAGUAUAUCGUAUAUAUAUACUUAUAUAUAUGUAUAUUGGUGAGUUUGAACCCACGAGCAAAGCUUGUGUUUAGUUCCUAUAUUUAUGCUUGGCAGUUACGAUUUUGUUGAAUGUAACAUACUUGGUAGGUAAGGUAUUUGUGUUUCAUGAUUCACUAUGAAAAACAUAAAUUAUAAGUCACUUUAUAAUGCGUCAUUAAUAAUAACCUACUCAAUUAUAAUGGUACAACGAUAUCGUUUGUACCUAUCAUAGAACCGCUGACAAAAUAAGGGCGAUCAGAAGAGCGCACAUCAAGCGUCAACAGCAAGGCAUAACCUAUUUCUCUCGGGCGAUGAAAUAUUAUCUAACUUACGUACUGAAGAAAUAUUGUGUUUAGCAAUAGGUUAACUUUUGGGUAUUUGUAUCUAUUAUGUAGAGUUUUGUCACAUUACUUUCUUGUAAUUAAGUGAUAUCAAAUUAUUUUAAUAAAAUAAUAUAAUAAAGGCGUAAAACAUUUGCAUGGAUUAGAUUCGAUACUUUGAUAUCUCAGUUUCACCACCUAUAUAAAUUAUUGAUUCCACAAAAAGAUUUUCAACGAACAAAAUAACCAAUUACGAAACAAUUAGCAAAUUUUCUACUACAUAGACAAUAAUGUUUCUAUAGUCCUUAGUGGAAUGUUACAAAAUGAAUAUUAUGAUGCACGAAUGAAUAUCCGUAUACAGCGUCCGCGGCCGCGUAGACUCUAGACAGUACGCAGCGGCCGGACCGCACCGCUUACCGUAGAGACCGCGCAGUGGUCGGCGCUCGGCGCAUCGAGCCAGCCAGAGACCGGCUUCUUACCCCAAUCUACACAAACAUCAGCAAAUUCAACACAAAGCUGACACCCUCCUUGUUUUUUCAUCAAUACCCAAUUUUAACUCAAGAUAUUUGGAAGCCCAGUGUUGGGUAACCAUUUUUAUAUUUUUAUGUUUAAAAGAUCUAUUCACAAAAGACUUGUAAAAUAUAGGUAAUACAACCUCAUUAUUAAAAACUUGUAAAAAAAAAUGCGAGGCUAUAAUGUGUCCGGGCGCUCUCCAUGCGUACUUAAACGUAGACAUGUGCGUUUGUAUGACGAGCCUAGAUGUAAUGACGAGAGCUUACUUAUUACCAGCAGGAUCGGGAGAGCGGGCCUGCGCUCGCGCCGCACGUCCCGGACUCUAUUUAUGUAAAUAAAUUAUCAUAUUUUGUACAUGCGUAGUAUGCGAGUAAAUGUGCAUGGACAGAUUGAAAAAUAGUACUGAUAUGAGCUUAAAAGACGUAGUGCCUACGAUUAUGCUUUUAAAGUGUUGAAAGAACAUAAACUUUUUUUUUGGCAGAGGAAUUUGAACGUUUGUACGAUGUAGGUACAUCAUAACAAAAACCUACAAACUUAAACAUUUUUGAAGGGCUAAAUCCCCACGUACAUAAAUAAAAUUAUAUCUACAUUUCUGAGUACUUAUUGCUUUUGAAAAGAGUACAAUGUCUUGCGAAACGACUUGAUUCGAGUAGGUAUGUUAAAUAAGGCUGUGUCAGAAUUAAAUGUGUAACAAUGUGGUUUACAAAUCUGGAUCUUAUAACGUGAUGCAAUAUGAAAGAGCGUAUCUAAAUACAGAAAGAGAAACCUAGGUGUAGAUACGUUAGCCGGCAGACGCGCCUGCGUCUCGUCGGCCGUAGCGUACCGGACCGGUACUUCGCGUCGAAAACACAAUUGUUUGUGUCUACCUAUUAUGAAAUAACUUUAUAGAUAUACAUUAUAUUGUACCUAAUAAUUAUUACGAAAUUAUGUAUUAUGUUUGCUUAGAGUAUAGUAUUUUGUGAAUUUGAGCAGAAAAAUAGUUUUUUAAUAUUGGUGUCAUAUGAAUGUACCAAAAAAUCUUAUUAUAAAUUGUAUAUUCGGAAAGUUGAAUAAUUUGUAGCUAGGAUCCAAUCUAAAUCCUACAUCUCUUCCAAAAAAUGGUAUAAUGACAUGUGCCUUGGCUUAUAGAAUCGUAUAAUUGAUGUUAUUUUCAUUGAAAAAAAAUCUGUUAUAAGUGCGACAUACGACUCGUCUCUGAAGUGCUACCUGCACUACGUGGCAAAGGCCAGCCGCGAUACCUACCUACCUGUCCAUUUUUUUAGACAUUUGCUCUACUGCUUUCUUGUUUUUGCUAAUCCACCUAACCCAUGAUUAUCACGCCAAUUUUGUAGUUAGCUUUUGCUAUGACAGGGUUUUACUUAGUUAAUUAACAAGUUUUGAUUAUCCCUACUGGAUUCUGAACACCAAUGUAAUAAAUGCUUUUACAGUGCAGAAUGUUGUGUAUAAAGAAAUCUAUGUACAUGUAAAUUGAGCUAUUUUGUGACGAUAGAGUGUGAAACGUUGCCAGGCAAUGAUGCUUGUUCUGUGUUGAGUUGUACUUACAGUAGGGUUGUUCCAACUUUCCGAAGGUACGCGCUAGGCGACUGAAAGCUAAUACUAUCAUAAUAAAGCAUUAAAUUAAUAAACAGUUUGUUAAACA